GUUACAGCCAAAGGCGUGUGAGCCAUUGGGAAGCCCAGUUCUGGCAGAACGCCUCCCCACCAGGGUUGAGGGAAUGGAGGUGUGGUCGCUGGAGCGAGAGGACUGGCCCUCUUAGAGGUGGGACUCAGGGAGCCCGCCCCUCGCGCAGCUCGAGUCUGCGCAGUAAGAAGGGCGGUGCGGGCGCCGCGGUGCAUUGUGGGAACCCUGCGUGUCGACUCGGUCUCCACUCCUUCCAAGUGCCCCGCGAGGCUGUUGCUGGAGUCGGCCUGCUGGUCCUGCAGCCAGCCCAAGACCGGGGGCCGAGAGUAAGUGCUGGAGCCCGAGUUCUCCCUGGGGCUCGCCUCACGCCGCCAGAUACAUCUGCCCUGCCUCCACAACCUCUGCUCCUGCCGACAGCCCUGGAGCUGCUGAAGGACGUCCACCUGGGCCUUGCCCCCCCAGGCCGUGGCCCUGUUCGCUUGGCCAUCCUUUCGGGCCACUACCUCUACUAUCACUAUGGCUGCGACGGCCUGGAUGACCGGGGCUGGGGCUGCGGAUACCGCACUCUGCAGACACUAUGCUCGUGGCCAGAUGGGCAGCCCGCAGGCGUACCCGGGUUGGUGGAUGUGCAGGCGGCACUGGAGGACAUGGGUGACAAGCCACCUGGGUUUCGGGGAUCCCGGAGCUGGAUCGGCUGCGUAGAGGCCAGUCUCUGUUUGGACUACUUCAGAGGGCCCCAGGGGCGCCUAUGCCACGUUCCCCGUGGAGCUGGGCUUCAGGGGGAACUGGAGAGGCUUUACUCCCACUUUGCAGGAGGCGGGGGGCCUGUAAUGGUUGGGGGGGAUGCGGAUGCCCAAUCCAAGGCCUUGCUGGGAGUCUGCCUGAGACCAGGCACUGAAGCCUACGUCCUAGUAUUGGACCCUCACUGCUGGAAUGCUCCGAAAAACCCCAGUGAACUACAGGCUGCUGGGUGGGUGGGCUGGCAAAAGGUGAGCACCACCUUUGACCCCAACUCCUUCUACAACCUGUGUUUGACCAGCCAGAACUCUGAAAAGCAACUGCAUGCCUAGGACUGAGGCAAAGUUCCACGAACUGAGACUCUGGCCCUGCUCACUCACUGUACUCUCAAAAGCAGAGGUUUAGACAUUGCCCCAUGUUAGGCCCCCAUUAAGUCCCAGCAGAGCCUGGGACCAUUGGCAUCAAUAAAAUGGCAAAGCCCAGCUUAACCACUGCCCCAGCCAAUAUUUGGGAGCAUCUGUAGGAGUGUAUAAUAUAUACUCAGUCAGG